AUAUAUCAAUGAUCUAUAAGCAGCCAUGCAACAGGUAUACUCCCAUAAAAUCAUCCAUUCCAUACAAAGUUCAAGAAAGAGAGAUGGGUAAGUACUGGUGUUUGAUUCUUGUUCUGGUCGUUUUGGCAUUUGUGCAUGCAGAUGCACGUAAUUUACCUUCGGAUCAUCUUGAUCAUGCUAGUGUUAGCGAUCAUCAGCAACCAAAAGAAACUGUACUGAAGAACAAUGAUGCUACUGCACCAGCAGCUGUGGAGGUGAUGGUUGAGUCACCUACCAGCACUGGCCUGAAAGACAAAAAGAAUUUCAUAUAUGGUGGUGUUGGUGGCUUUGCCGGAAUGGGUGGUUAUGCUGGUGUUGUCGGUGGGUUGCCUGUUCUGGGUGGACUUGGUGGAAUUGGCAAGUACGGCGGAAUUGGAGGAGCUGGUGGAGUCGGAGGUGGACUUGGUACUGGUGGUCUUGGUGGCCUUGGUGGUCUAGGUGGCGGAGUUGGUGGUGGGGGUGGUGCUGCGGGUGGUGCAGCUGGUGGAGCUGGGGGUGGUGCUGGUGGCGGGAUAUUGCCGUGUCCUUAAUUAAUCAAGUGGAUUUGGUUCUGAUGUGUUUUAGUAGCGUACUGUUUUAGUUGGCUAGUGUCGGAUAUAUUGUGUUGUGUUGAUAAGCGGUCUCUGCGGAGACAUAGCAUAGCUAAUUUGGGUCUGUCGUUAUGCUUUAUUAGUUCAUGUUUUAGUGUUAAUUGUUGUUUUUGCUUUCAAUUAAUGUUAUAAAAGUUCUGCAUUUUUGUGUA